AUGGAAGGAAGUCAGAUGAUACCAUUAGUAUUCCAGUUUCAAUACUUACUACAAAAUAAAAUCGUCUAUCGGUAUAAAUUUCCUGAGAGUAUUGCAUAUAAAAAAUUACAAUUUUAUUCAUAUGGAUUACUAAAAGAAAGAAUAAGUAAAAUUAUAUUAAACCAAUUUGGAACAGCUUCACCUCAUGCUAUGACAAGAGUAAGAGAAUUUGUUUUAGCUUCCAAACAUGAAAUGGCUGGAGAAAUUGAUGUAGAUGAAUCAGUAUUUGAAGUACUUUUAACUGAGUGUUUAUUACUUCAAGGAAAUGCUCAUAUAUUUGGAGAACAAUUAUUAUUAUCAAUGUUUCAAUUAGGCUUACAACGAUAUAUUUCUUCUGUAGACCAAAGAAAAACAAAAUGGAUUAAUGAAGGAAAAUUAAAUACUUUCAAUGAGAAAUAUAUUGAAUUACCAAUGACUCCUUCACCAACUUCAUAUUCUUCUUUUUAUGGUUUAAAAUAUUAA